GGGGGCACUCUGCCCCUGGCCCUGCCCCAGCUUCCCUCUCACACCCAGAGAGUGAGAGGGGACCAAAUGUGAAGGCUCAAAAGCACCUGGAUUGGAGAGAGCCAGGAGUCCCAGCCCCAUGAGAGUUAGGACGGGGGUCAAAGGGAACAGGAACAGGGCACCAGUCAGAAGACAAGGGGGAGGGAGGCAAGAGGGUCACUGCUGGGAAGAGGUGGGAUCAAACCCACUGGAGGGCUCUCCAGGGCAAAGGCAAACACUAAGGUGGCUGCUGCUCCCACAGGGCCCUACCCGACACCAUCGUCCCCAGCUAUAAGGGCCCCUGCCCCAGGCAGGGCACUCAGUCUGUGGAGGUGUCAUGGCCAAGUCACACCUGCUGCCAUGGCUGUUGCUGCUGCCCACACUCUGUGGCCCAGGCACUGCUGUCGGGAACUCCACAUCCCUGGCCUGUGCCCGGGGUCCUGAGUUCUGGUGCCAAAGCCUGGAACAAGCAUUGCAGUGUGGAGCCCUGGGGCACUGCUUACAGGAAGUCUGGGGACAUGUGGGAGCCGAUGAACUGUGCCAGGAGUGUGAGGACAUCGUCCGUAUCCUCACCCAGAUGACCAAGGAGGCCAUUUUCCAGGACACAAUUCGGAGGUUCCUGGAGCACCAGUGUGACGUCCUCCCUCUGAAGCUGCUCGUGCCCCGGUGCCACCAUGCACUCGACUUGUAUUAUCCACUGGUCAUCAGCUACUUCCAGAGCCAGAUUAACCCAAAGGCCUUGUGUGAGCACUUGGGCCUGUGCAAACCCAGGCUUGCUGAGCCAGGGCAGGAGCCACAGCUGCUGGAUCCCCUGCUGGACAAUCUGGUCCACCCUGUGCUGCCCGGGACCCUCCAGAGGGGAGCUGGGCCUUAUACACAGGAUGUCUCAAAGCAGCAGUUCCCCAUCCCCCUACCCUUAUGCUGGUUCUGCCGGACUCUAGUCAACAGGGUCCAAGCUGCGAUUCCCAAGGGUGUGCUGGCCGUGGCUGUGGCCCAGGUUUGCCACGUGGUGCCCCUGGUGGUUGGUGGCAUCUGCCAGUGCCUGGCUGAGCGCUACACCAUCAUCCUGCUGGACGCCCUGCUGGGCCGUGUGCUGCCCCAUCUGGUCUGUGGCCUCGUCCUCCAGUGCUCCAGCGUGGACAGCUUUGGCCCAGCCCUCGCUUCUCUGGAGUCCCUGCCGGGAGAAUGGCUGCCGCAAGACUCUGAGUGCCACCUCUGUGUGUCUGUGACCUCCCAGGCCAGAAACAGCACAGAGCAGGCCACACCGCAGGCGAUGCUCCAGGCCUGCCAAAGCACCUGGCUGGACAGGCAAAAGUGUGAGCAAUUUGUGAAGGAACACACACCCCAGCUGCUGAUCCUGAUGUCCAGGGGCUGGGAUGCCCAAACCACCUGCCAGAACCUGGGGGCGUGUGCAACCAUGCUCAGCCCUCUCCAGUGCGUCUUCAGCCCUGACUUCUGAUGAGAACACGAAGCCAAAGCUGUGCCAGGUAAGCGCUGGUGAGGGCAGAGAGAUGGGGUGGGGCCUGCAUGUGAUGGGGAGGAAGCCCAGCCCUGGUUCUGGAACUCCUGUCAGAGAGAAGAAGGAGAAGAGAGGACCCAGGAAAACUCAACUCAGACCCAUCUGAGGGACUAAUUUAAUGUUACCCCUCCCCCCACCAAAGACA